CAUAAUCAUGUCAUUCACUAAUAAACCUAAUUUUAUAUUGUUGUUUAUGAUCUUUUCGACUCUUAUUUUUUUAACCUUUUCAUUAGAUUUGUCAAAUGUUUCAGCAGAAUCACCAACUUUGGACUGGGAAGAGCCGUUAAGUAAAGGUCGAAAACAUGUUGUAAUCCGCAACAAAGUAAAAAACAAAGAAGUUUUGAAUGUACAUUGCAAAUCUACUAAAGAUGAUUUAGGGUUGGUCCAUAUUCCAUGGAAUGAUACAUGGAAUUUCAAAUUUCAUGUUAACCUUCAGAGAACUACAGAGUAUCAUUGUCAUUUUACGUGGUAUAAUGGUGGUUCUCACUAUUUUUCUAUAUUUAAAGUAUCAAGAGAUGAUACUGUAAUUGGAAAAUAUCCUAUGUGUGUAAAAUGUAUAUGGGAGGUGGGAAGUGAUGAUAAAAGUCCUAUGUGUCGUAUUCCUCUUUUUGAGAAAGACAAACCAUAUUGUUUCAAAUGGGAGGAUGGUCCUUAAAAAAAAAAUCUUUGUGAAAAUUAUAUCUUAGCAAAUAAAUGCAACCAUCAAAAUUGAUUGAAUAAAUAAUAUCAUUAUAAUGUUUGAAUGUU